UAGUUUGGACCUUCCGUGGUCAAUCACAGUCCACCAAAUCCAGGCUUUUUCUCCCACACUCUCACUCACACUCUAUUUCCCUCACUCCUCGUUUCGCCCAAAUCCUCUCCCCCUAGGGUUUAGGUUUUCUCUGCACCUUUCCCAUGGCUUCCUCGUCAUCUGAUCCUGCCUUCAAACACGAACCCGGUGCUUCUUGCGCUGCUGCUGCUGGAGGAGGAACCCCGGAGUCUUCCGAGGUUGUAAUGGCGAACGAUCAGCUUUUACUUUACAGAGGAUUCAAGAAAGCCAAGAAAGAACGAGGUUGCACUGCCAAAGAGCGCAUCAGUAAAAUGCCUCCAUGUGCUGCUGGGCAAAGGAGUUCCAUAUACCGCGGAGUCACUAGACAUAGAUGGACUGGUCGUUAUGAAGCUCAUCUUUGGGAUAAAAGUACCUGGAACCAGAACCAGAACAAGAAGGGAAAGCAAGUGUAUCUGGGAGCAUAUGAUGAAGAAGAGGCAGCUGCUAGGGCAUACGAUUUGGCAGCCUUAAAAUAUUGGGGUCCUGGGACUCUUAUUAAUUUUCCAGUGACUGAUUAUACUAGGGACCUUGAAGAAAUGCAGACUGUUUCAAGAGAGGAAUAUCUUGCGUCUCUAAGAAGAAAGAGCAGUGGAUUCUCCAGGGGAAUAUCUAAAUAUCGUGGUCUCUCGAGGUUUUUUCCCCCUCACUAAAAUGUUAAUUGUAUUUAACUUUGUGUGGUUUAUUUUAAUGUUAUAAAGCGUCGACUUCUUCUGGGUCCUCUUGGUAAUUCAUAAAUUUAUAGGUUAUAAUGUUAUAGUUUUAGUGCCUCAUAUGAUUAACACUUUGUUUUGAGUUUUCAUAUGAUGAAAACAAUUAUCAUAUUAUGCAUUCCUUUA